AUGGAGACAUCCGGUAGAGACUCUGAAUCAGGAACUGUUACUCUUCACGCACUAUCCGCAGGACACUUCACUUUGCCUGAGUAUCAAUUCAUAUCUCCUGUCGUAGAGACGGCGCGCAGGACAGUACCGUCACUAGCGUUUCUGAUACAACAUGCCAAUAAGUCUGGCCGCAUCACAAGGAUCGUCUUCGAUCUUGGUCUGCGAAGAGACACGAACAGAUAUGCCGAACCAAUCCGAAAAUACAUCACAACUAGACGACCGAUGACUACUCGUCCAGAUGUUGUCGAAGGUUUGGCAAGAGGAGGUUUGACGCCGAGGGAUAUCGACUAUGUGAUCUACUCUCAUGUGCAUUGGGAUCACAUUGGGGAGCCAAGAGACUUUCCAGACUCAAUCUUUAUCGUAGGCUACGGCGCGCUCGAUUUGCGGAGUGGGGCGGGAGCCAAACUGCGAGGAGGCCAUCCGUUCUUCGAGCAUGACUUACUGCCCGAAAGCCGAACUAUCGAGCUGUCAGAUCCGAAGGAGGAGAGAGGGGUAUCUUCAGCUCACCAAUCCAGCGUGCAAAAUUUCGACACAACACGGGCUUUGACAGCAUUCAAACAUCUGCCCAACACACUCGAUCUCUUCGGGGAUGGCAGUGUUCUGAUUGUAGAUGCACCAGGUCAUCUUGCCGGUCAUAUAAACAUAUCGGUCAAAGUUACAGAUGAUCGUCACGUAUAUCUUGCAGGCGAUGCCUUCCAUGACCGAAGACUUUUGACCGGUGAGAAGGACAUUGGAACUUGGCGCGAUGUUGAGGGUCAUGUUUGUUGCAUCCACGCCGAUCGCCAGACAGCUGCCGAGACCAUUGAUCGGAUUCGUAAACUCGAAUUAGAUGGUGUCGAAGUGAUUGCAGCGCAUGAUCCGGAGUGGGAGAACCUGAACCAGUGUCGAUUCUUUGGGGUGACUAUCGAAACACAACCAUGA